GACCCGGCCUUCGCAGGCUGCCUAGGUUAAAGGUGCUCCGGGCUCGGGUAGCUACCUCGGGACGCUCAAAGUGCCCCCUGCUUUCCUGAUCCAGCUGUCGUUGCUGUCCCAGCGACACUACCGGAUCUUCUGGAUCCUUUUCUUCCUGCUGGUUUUCUUUUUCCUGCCUUUCUGGCUUCCAUCUCCCAGCUCCUCAUUUCUCCCUCUCUCCUUCCUGUGCCCCAUAGCCUGCCAGCCCCAGCAUCCUACCUGUCAGCUCCUGACUUCUACCCCUCUUUGACCUCAGAUCCCUUGGCCAACAGGCCUGUCAUAACCUUCUUGUCAGAGUGUCCUGCACUCAUCUUUCUUCCCUCUUUGCCAGCUCCUUUUAGCUCCAAAUUCAGUUUACCCUUGACUUCUUGACAUUUGACCGUCACGCUUGAUUCUAGAGCUCUAUUCCUACUUCUACUUCUUUUUGGGCGGGGGCGGGGGGUGGUACCGGGGAUCAAAUUUGAAACCUUGCGCUUGCGAGGCAGGUGGCAGCACCACUGAGCUAAAUCCCCGGCCCUAAAUUUCUACUUCUUGCAGCCUGGACUGCAGAAGCUGGGGUCCUCCCCUGAUUUCUGACCCUCCAUUCCGAGGUUACUGCUGUACCAUGGACUUCUUGAUGAGUGGUCUGGCAGCCUGUGGGGCCUGUGUGUUUACCAAUCCCCUAGAGGUUGUGAAGACCAGGAUGCAAUUGCAGGGAGAACUGCAGGCCCCAGGCACCUAUCAGCGGCACUACCAAAACGUCUUCCAUGCCUUCUUCACCAUCGGGAAGGUGGAUGGCCUGGCUGCCCUGCAGAAGGGCCUGGGCCCUGCGCUUGUGUACCAGUUCCUGAUGAAUGGCAUCCGACUGGGCACCUACGGGCUGGCCGAUUCUAGUGGCUACCUGCACACAGCAGAAGGUACCCACAGUCCUGUCCGCAGUGCAGCAGCUGGGGCCCUGGCUGGGCUCAUGGGAGCCUAUUUGGGAAGCCCCAUCUACAUGGUGAAGACACACCUACAGGCACAAGCAGCAUCUGAAAUUGCUGUAGGGCACCAGUAUAAGCAUAAGGGCAUGAUUCAGGCACUAACCAAGAUUGGCCAGAAACAUGGACUAGUGGGGUUGUGGCGUGGGGCCCUGGGCGGCCUCCCCCGAGUUGUCGUCGGUUCCUCCACCCAGCUGUGCACCUUCUCAUCCACCAAGGACCUCUUGAGCCAGUGGGAGAUCUUUCCUCCGCAGAGCUGGAAGGUGGCUCUGGCAGCUGCCAUGGUGAGUGGCAUUGCAGUAGUCCUGGCCAUGACACCCUUUGAUGUGGCAAGCACAAGGCUCUAUAACCAGCCCACGGAUGUUCAGGGCAAGGGCCUCAUGUACCGGGGGAUCCUGGACGCUCUGCUGCAGACAGCUCGGAAAGAGGGCAUUUUGGGCAUGUACAAGGGCAUAGGUGCCUCUUACUUCCGUCUCGGCCCACAUACCAUCCUCUCCCUCUUCUUCUGGGACCAGCUGCGCUUCCUCUACCACACGUACAUUAAGUAACAGCCAAUUACCCACACUCCACUAGAUUGACACUUCUGCCUCCACUGCCAUAUCUUGGUGACUACUCACCAUGUUACUUAUCAUGCAAAGGGGGAUAGUCAACCCCAUUCCCUAUCUGUUCUCUCAGGGUUGAAUCACUACAAGCAGUAGUUUCCCUCCCUCACUUAGAUGUUGCUCUCUCGUUCCCACCACCCUUGUAUACUUCACACUCCUCUCUCAGGGCUGAACCACUCACUCCAAAGUGUAUUUUCUCCCUCUUUUUAUUGUCAGCCUUGGGUUCCUACUCCUCCCAUGAACAGCUUUAAACUUCCUCCUCCAAGGCCAAAGGGAAUUGGGGAAACCCAGGUGUCCUGUUAUUCAAAGGCAUAGAAUUAUAUUGAUUAUAAAGUCAGUUUAUUUCUGCAGA